AUAAAUAAAUAUUUUUUAGUGUUCUUUCACUGAAACCUACCGGAUUUGUUUCAAUCAACUUUAUAAACAUGUGCUUGUGUGUGUGAAGUGUUAUCAUACGAGGUGUCUCGCAAUCUUCUUGGCUUUUUCGUCUCCGGAUAUCAAGCUGUGACUGUGUGAGGACUUUCUUUAAAACUACUAUGAAAAGGAAUGGAAUCUUCGCCCCUGGAAGGCGGCACUUGUCGAAGCAGGUCUAACAGAAAGCUCGGUGAGAUUCGAGUACUCAGUUCAUCUUGCGAUGGAUGUACCAAUCGGGAUACAGUGAGAACCGUCGAGAAUAAUGGACAAGGAUAAGAGCAGACGGCGUAUGGGGCCUCCCGGGGCGAAGGUGACGGGAGCCCUGGCGCUUCUGCUGGUCGUAUGCCUCGCUGAAUGUGCCACAGAGCAGAGAAUUAACAGUAGAGGCAGCAAGUCCUCUAACAUUAUAGAAAAGGUCAACGGAUGGCGAAGUCAGCGCGGAGGUUCUUGCCUAAGUUACGGACAUUCCUGCUGGGGAGCGCACGGCAAGCGGUCAGGCAAGCCUCCUGUCACAGCCCCGGACUGGUUCCUGGCCAAACUGUUCCGCCGCAUGGACACCGCUGAACUUAACCAUGCUCGACAAGCCGCUAAGAACGACGACAUUAACGCAGUCUAUCAGGUGGACGCUCCGGACGACUCGCUCCCUACCGACCGACUAGGCUCGGACAACGAAAUCCUUCCACUGGAUCUGACCCUCAAUAGGAACCCUGAAGCCAAACCCAUGCUGGACGACGACCUGCUUUCCAAGAUCAAACUGUUGCAGAUUAUGAGAGAAGUGUCCGAAGAAAAAUGAAAAGCAAAAUUAAUCAAAUAACCUAUGGACUGACUGUGUUAUUUCCUCGCUUUAUUUCUUCAAGAAUAAUUUCCUAGUUAACUGUUGUCUGUUUUAGUUAAUUUAAUACUCUAAAGUAUAAAUAAAACUAUUAUUAAAAAUGUAAUAAUGUCAAUUGUAAGGCUGGGUUACAAUUGGCACGAGCGUGUAAAAUAUAGACUAAGGUAAAAUGUGCCAUUUCAUAUAAAAAAGUAUAAAAAUAUUUAUUAGUUCGUGUAUUCAUGUUGUGGAUAGGUGGACAAAUAGCAAAACAGAAAAUCUACAAAAAAGUUAAUUUUAAAUAUCUCUCAGAAAAAUAUAUCACAAUACGUAUAUUAUAAAUAAAUAAAUAAACAUUUUUGCAAAACAAUUAUUUUUAAAUUAACAUUUCAUUAUAAUAUUUUAUUUAAAUUAUAAUUAUGAAUAAUAAUAAUUUAUUAUUGCAUUUUAAUACGUUGUCGGUUUAAAAGUUUAAUAAAAUUAUGUAUACGACAUAGAAACUUUGGCUUUAGCAAAUUUUUAUAUAUUAUACUUAUUUAAUAAAUGAUAAUGUAAUGAAAUGUACUUACUUCGUAUUUAUUUGUGGAGCAUAGUGAUGCAUUCAUGGUUGUUGGCGGUGUU